AGCGAGCGCGAACUCACAUUGUCGUUUUCGAUAAAAUGACAUCCUUUUUCUUUCAAAUUAAGUUUUCUAUUAUCACUGUGUAUGUAUCCUAUACAUAUCGUAUACUAUCUCAGUUUUUAUUGGAACUCUGAGAUGACAUCUCGGACUAAUAAGUGUAUUUGUUCGUUGACACCAAAUUACAUUGGAGAUAAUAGUAAUUUAAUUUCUUAUCAGAAUGACUUCGGAAGAUGAUGUUUGGGCUCAAACUCUUAUCACGGUAACCCCAGAAGACGAUGCGACGUUAAGGGAAAUUUUGGAUACAGCGACCGUGUCGUCAACACCGGACAAACACUUAGUCCUUGAUCCUGAUAAUAUUGUAUAUAGACGAUCGUUUACUCGCAAACAAUUUGUAGAUUCUAAGAAAACGAAAGACGAAGAGCCAGGAGAACCAGAAGAAUCAGAAGAAGUAGAACAACCAGAAGAAUCAGAAGAGGUAGAACAACCAGAAGAACCAGAAGAACCAAAGGUCCAAAUUGAACAGAGGUCGAAAGAGGAUGCGGAAAGCCAAACGUAUCUACAAGGAAUACCAGUUGUGCAUAUUUCUAUCGAAUAUCGGGACGAAGCCUCGCAAACGAUAUACAUGAGCACGCCAUGUCCACCUUUAAAAUACUUUAAGGAUAUUAUGACGUCAAUGAAGGAAGGUCCCAUGCCUGAAUUGAAGAGAAGCAAUGUGGCAGCAACUAUUCUUAGCUUCCAUCCCGAAACACCGCAUGAUCUUGUGAUGGAACAACUGUCCAUGGACGUCACAGAUGAAGAACGCGAAAUGUUCGAGUCCAAAGUUAGCGCCGAAGAAGAAACAGAAGUGGAAAUUACUGAGAUUUUGAAUUUUCUACUAGCGCGUGCAUUUUGGAUAGACGAUCCGACGAGUCAAGCACAAGCCGAGACGUCUGAUAAAGCGACGCAAACUUAUAUCAAAUAUAACAAUCGAACGAAAAUCUUCGUUAUAGAUAGUCAAGUACAGACUGGUUUGAGUUGCGAACCGAAACAAUCUAACACGAUGCUUUUAACGGAUUAUUGGGAAACGAAAAAAAUGAUUUCGAGUUACUUAGACGAUUGUAUUUCCAAAGGACUCGACGUUAGGAUCGUAAUAGACGAUAUAAUAGAUGAAAUUGUAGACAAGUGUGCCGGAAGGAUUAGAUAUCCCAUGAAAGAACAAAUUAUACAAACCAUAGCUACGUACAAGUUAGACGAUGAGAAAGAGGAAGACGUGUUGAGAAAAUUGAAACUCGAUAUGGUAGUGGACCCCCUAGAAGCAUCAAUUAUCGUCAUACCUUUGAUGGACAAUUUGUUGGAAAUGGCUUGCAACGUUGUAUCUGAAAAUGCCAUUCAUGCCGUUAAAAUCAUUUUGAAGGGAAUUCUUCAGCGAACGAUGAUUAUUAUCGUGAAACUUAUGGAACUGCAGAAGCAAGCGCAGCAUAAGUCGAUAGAUCAAAUAUUGGCUACAAGAAAGAAGAAAAUUCUUGAGUCGAUGACAAAGAAAGAAACGGAAACAAUUUCUACGCAAACAAGUAUAGCUGCAAUUUCGGAAGUCAAGAAAAUAAAAAAAUCGAGGGAAGUUCUAUGUUCUGUCUGUAGAAGACAAUCGAUGUGCCAAUGGUGUUUGAAUGAUCAAGAAGUAGAAAGUGUUCCAAAAGAGGAAACUAAGAUACUUCGUACACAAGAUAUAUUGCUGGCGUAUAAACCCUGCUAUAUCGUGACUAAAAUGACUGAAAAAAAUGAAGAUCUCCAACCACCUUGUCCUUCAGAAACAAAGCUCAAACCUCCCCUACAACUUCCCUCGAGAGGUUCAUGCGGAGAAUCUCGUCGUACAAUCUGCGUAUUCUUACCAGGUGACAAAGAGAUUAGACCUCAAGAAUCUGUUAAUGAAUGGUCUUAUGUAACGGACGCUACGAUGAUGAAAGCAUGUUCAAUAAAAGAAUCUGUGAGUAGCUCAAGUCAGACAAUUGUAACUUUGCUAGAUCAACCAAUUUGCCCGCCUUCUUCCAGCAAUCAUAGUACAUUAACUUCCGAAGCAGCAAACGCCUUACAAAUAUUAAAAAAUACAUUUUGUACCCAAGAAAACUAUAUUACUUCCUCGCAACAGACUUUGAAAAAUUAUUCGUUUACGAAGAAUGAAGACGCGUGUACUAAAUCAAAUUGCAAUGCAUGUUUAAGUAUAAAUAACAUAAGUAAUAAAAUGACCGGACAAAAAGUCUCUUGCACGCAACAAACCUAUAAAACUUUCUCAAAGUUACAUCUGCCCAAUACGAAUACUUACAUCAACCACAUCCCUUCACGCGUUCCUAUCAAAUCACAUGGAGACGGUUUAAAAAUUAUUCCUAUAUAUCUCUCUCAAGACACUCAUACCUGAUAAUUGCAACAAUUAACAUAAUAAUUACUGCAUAUUUCCAUGAUAACAAUUAAAUGUAUAUACAUACGUUACAAUAAUUAAUACACUUUUAGAACGUUUAUUUGACAAAAAUAAAUGCUCAUACACUAUUAUUAAAGUAUCCUCAGGGCAAGCUAUGCACAUCACAAUGCAACUAUAUACAUAUGAUAUAAUACGUUUAGUAAUUGCAUGAUAUUGUAACAUAAACCUAACAUGAAGAUAAUUAUACAAAUUACGUAUAGCUAUAUCUUGUAUAUGAUUUUUAAAUUAAUUAUAAUGAAAUACACACAUGUGUAAAAAGA